AUGGAGAAGGCUAACUGUAGGGUAUGUGUUACAGGAGCCGCUGGUUUCAUUGGCUCUUCACUGGUCAAGAAGCUAUUAGAGAAAGGAUAUACUGUCCACGCCACGUUGAGAAAUUUGGGAGAUCUGUCAAAGGUUGAACUCCUGAAAAGCUUUCCUCAUGCAAACACAAGAUUAGUUUUGUUUCAAGCUGAUAUGUACAAUCCAAAUGAGUUUGAGCAAGCGAUUCAUGGUUGUGCGUUUGUUUUACAUGUUGCAACUCCCUUCCAACACGUUGAUGGUUUUCAGUUUAAGAACACAACUGAGGCUGCAGUUUCUGCAAUAAAUAGCAUUGCAAUGUCUUGUAUAAAAUCAGGUACUGUUAGACGAUUAAUCUACACUGGCUCUGUUUGUUCUGCAUCCCCAAUGAAAGAUGAUGGGAAUGGUUUCAAGGACUCCAUGGAUGACACUUGUUGGACGCCCCUUGGUCUUUCAUUUGCUUACUCUGACGACUUCUUAAAGGAUUACACAGAAUCAAAGACAGUGGCGGAGAAAGAACUUUUGAGCUAUGGGACUAAUGCAAGGGAUGGUGGAUUGGAGGUGGUAAGCCUAGCUUGUGGCAUUGUGGGAGGAGAUACUGUUUUAUCUUAUACCCCUACAAGUGUGGCUACACUCAUUUCACAGCUUACAAAUCAAACGUGGUGUUACCAGGCUUUGAGAUUUGUGGAAGAAACGGUAGGGAAACUUCCGAUCGUACACAUCGAUGAUGUUUGCGAAGCUCAUAUUUUCUGCAUGGAGAAUCCUCCAAUCAGUGGUAGAUUUUUAUGUGCUAGCUCUUAUGUUUCGGCAGCUGAAAUUGCUAGAUGCUAUCAACUAUAUUACCCAGAAUUUCAUGUCAAACAAGAGUAUUUGGUUGGCCCAACAAGAGAUAUCAAGUGGGGCUCGACCAGGCUCAUUGAAAAGGGUUUUGAAUAUAAAUGUGACUUAAAAACGAUAUUAGAGGACAGUAUCAACUGUGAUCUGAAGCUAGGUGAAUUUUCAAUAUCCUGAACUGACAUCUCUUCCAACUGCCAUCCCUUAGAAGUCCAUCCUCUGAAGUCUGA